AUGUCCACCUUCAACACUCAGUAUAGCGCCUCGAUUCCGUUGCAAUUUGACCUUAACGGCGCUACUCCCGUACCCUCAACAAUGGCCAACAACAACGCGCGCCAAAUGGAAAUGUAUCCCAGUCCACCUAUGAAUAUCUCUUCGCCUCCCCACACAAACUCCCACCGAGUCAGCAAAGCCAUGAAGGGAAAGCGAGUCCAUGCUUGUGAGCACCCUGGAUGUCAGAAGGUUUUCACCAGAGCCGAACACCGUAGACGACACGAGCUGAGCCACGAGCCUAAAAAGCAAUACACUUGCACGUACGAAGGGUGCCAAAAAGCAUUCCAUCGCCCGGAUUACUUGACUCAACAUUUGGGUCGGCAUGCAAGCUCGGCAGCAAAGGAAAACACAUCAUACACCCACGUCAACCCAUCACCUCCUCGCUUAAGCCUGCAACAACAAAUUCAGUCGCAACCAAGCAACUCACCCCCGAUUCCAUUCCAAGCGGACACCGCCGAUUAUUCCGGCGUGUGGGGAAGCAUGGACUCCACAAUGUCAUGUCCCCAGUCUUCCAGGGGCCAGAGCCAGUCUUCCACAUCCGUCGAUGAUCACCCAUCCCCCUAUUCCUACACGAACGAAACCUAUACAAACGAGAUCUGCAGCUCACCCGUCGCGAGCGACUCCUUUGCCCCUCAAUACCCCACAUCUGGCAUGCCAGUAGAGAUGGUAACUGCCAUCGAUCAAUACCUCCGGAGCAUCCUGAAGCCCGAAGCCUUUUCAUCGCCUCAGCAGAUGGACCCAACGAUUUGGAGCUCAGAGCUCGAUAUCGACCCCACUUUGACAAAACUUGAGAGCACAGAUCAAUUACCGCUCUGUUUAUGGCCUCCCCCACAUCAGUUGCAAUACGAGGAUCAUCCCGUGCAGAUGAACCACCAGCCAUCCGGCAGUCGCUGA